AUGCCUGGACAACGUGGACCCGUGCCGGUGCCGGUGCAAGGCGCUACCCGCGAUCUUACUCAAGAAGUACUGGAUCUUCUGGCCACCAAGCAGACUAUUGCAACCGACAGCGACCUCCCCGAUGUUGGACAAGCAGAAAUCAAGGCUGCGCUGGACAGACUGGCGUCGAGAAACAUGGUCGCCUACGAGACCAAUGAUGACGAGCAGGUCCUGCUGUCAAAGGAGGGAGAGCAGAUUGCCAAUGAGGGCAGUCACGAGUUCAAGGUGUGGCAGGCCGUCAAGGCAAAGGGCCAGAUGCCGUUGAAGGAGCUGCCGGUGAGUAGUGUCGUUGGCGCAGACUCGUUCAAAGUCGGCCAGGGCAACGCCUUCAAGCUCAAGUGGAUCAAAAAGGACGGCGAUGUGCUCGUCUCGCUGGUCGACUCCCCCACCGACACAACCCGCGACACCCUCGCCGCCAUCCAAAGCACAAAGUCCCUCUCCGACGCCAAGCUGCUCGCCGACCUCAAGAAGCGCAAGCUGGUCACCGUCACAAAAGUCAUCAGCUAUGUCGUGUCCAAAGGUCCCAAGUACGCAAAGGAGAUGCCUGUCGAGCACACCGAUCUCACACCCGAAAUGCUCGAGUCGGGUGAGUGGAAGACUGCAAACUUCAAGCCUUACAACUUUGCCGCCAUGGGCUCGCAGCAACAUGCUGGUGCCUUGCAUCCGUUGAUGAAGGUGCGUGAGGAGUUCCGCAAGAUCUUCUUCCAUCAGGGCUUCAUUGAGAUGCCUACUGGCAGAUUCGUCGACACUGGAUUCUGGAACUUCGACGCCCUCUUCGUGCCCCAGCAACAUCCCGCCCGCGACCUCCAAGACACCUUCUACGUCUCCGACCCCGUCUCCGCCGACUUCCCCCGCGCCGACCCCAUCGCAGACGCCGCAAUGGAAGCCAUGGAAAAAGACGCAAAACUCUACGAUCCCCGUCUCGCCUCCACCGAAGCCCCCAAACUCGACUACCAGAAAUACUACGACAAUGUGCGCAAGGUGCACCAAGACGGCGCUUUCGGCAGCAUCGGCUACAGAUAUCCCUACAACGACUCGGAGACUACGAAAUUGGUGCUCAGAACUCACACUACUGCUGUGUCUACAUAUGUCUUGCAUCGUCUUGCUGCAAACCCUCGUCCUUGUCGCUACUUCAGCAUCGACCGUGUUUUCCGCAAUGAAACGGUUGAUGCCACUCAUCUUGCAGAAUUCCACCAGGUUGAAGGUGUCAUUGCCGAUUACGACCUCACUCUCGGCGGUCUGAUGGCUUUCCUAGAAGGCUUCUUUGCCAAACUCGGCAUCUCCAACCUCCGCUUCAAGCCAGCCUAUAACCCCUACACCGAGCCCAGCAUGGAAGUCUUUGGCUACCAUGCCGGUUUGGGUAAGUGGGUUGAAAUUGGCAAUUCGGGAAUGUUCAGACCGGAAAUGUUGGAGAGUAUGGGUCUGCCCAAGGAUUUGAGAGUGUACGGAUUCGGACUCAGUCUGGAGAGGCCGACGAUGAUCAAGUACGAGGUUUCAAAUAUCAGAGAUCUGCUGGGUCAUAAGGUGGAUUUGAAUUUCAUCGAGAGUAAUGCUGCCGUGAGACUCGACAAGGAUUAG